CCGUCCCUCGACUCUCGACUCUCGACUCCUGCGUUCCGCCCAGCUUGGGCGCUGGCUGGGCGCGCCGCUCGCCCGCUCCCGCCGUCGUGCCGCGCGGCCGCGCCCUGACACCGGCGCGGCGGCGCACCUCCGCGCUCGUGUUUGGUACUGCUGUGUACAUGGAGGUUGCUGCCGAGUUCAAAAUGGAGUAUGCUAAUGGAGCGGUGGAUUUGGAGGUUGACAUUGUUGGUCCCGGCGGUGCUGCUGCUUGCAGCAAGUUGAACACAUUUGAGGACCCUGAUGCCACUGAGUGUUCAAGUUCCUUUGGGGACACACUUUCGGGAUCAGAGGAUGAUGCAAGGCCUUCAGAGAUUAGUGACAUUGAGGUGGACUCGCCGUUCUGCCGCUAUCCUCAUAAUGGAGAUGCUGCUGCUCUGCUAGAUGCAGCUGCUUCCGACAAUUUGGAUAGAUUAUUGAAGAAGAAAAAGGUGACUGAUCAUUGGAGAAAGUAUAUAAGCCCGUUAAUGUGGAGAUGCCAAUGGCUAGAAUUGCGGAUGAAGGAUUUGCAAUCGCAAGUUUCCAAAUAUGACAAGGAGCUUGCAACACUCAAGCAUGAGAAGGAGCUGCAGACAAAAAUGAUCGAGUUAGACUGUUCCUCCUCUCGAUCAGUACCAUUCUCCUCUCUUUGCUGCAGGAAGACCAUGAAGCGGAGGAGAAGAAAAAGAAACGAAGACAAAAUGGAUGCUUCAUCGUAUAUCUCUAAUCACACCGUAUUAUCUUAUUUUGAGAAAACAGAAGCAGAUGGCCAUUCUAUUGAAGACAAUGCCAACUUAGCGGAUGAUAACACAAAAGGGAAUAAUGAUGCUGAUUGGCUACUUGGUAUUGAAGGAGGUGAUACCACUGUCGAGCAGAUUCUUUUGAGCAUUCAAGCUGCUCAAGACAGGGUAUUCAGUCUGAGAUCAAAUCUGAAGCAAGCAAUGGCUAAGAAGAAUAAGGUAAUAACCCUUAAAGUUAACACAUGGGUCAACGGUACACAGAGCUCAAAUUGCUCACCUGGAAAGGGGAAAGUUGCUGCAUUGCAUGAGAGAUCUCCCCAGGAUACAUCUGAUUGUGAUAUGGACGAUUCUGCCAUGCCUGAUAGUGCUCUCUCAAGCUAUGGAGAAGCUAGCAACAUGGAUAUAUUUGAGAGCACCAUGAGCCUAUUGUCUGAAGGUCCACAUCAGAUGGGAGAAUUUCGUGAAAGUUCUGAAGAUGUAUUGAUUGACAACCAAGCAGCAGAGGAAGGAUACCAAAACUUUGAGGUGAUCAGCCAUCCAACCAAACGGCUAAGGGUAUCAGUGAAGCGAGAAGCUGGGGCACAUUCUGAGGAUGAGAGCGUUGGCCCUGUAGCUGCUGUCAAGAAAGAAGAAGCACAGGAAGAAGCCACUACCAGCUUCAGUCUUCAUGGGGCUUUCCUGAAGCCCUGCUUCACGGGAAAGAGGCAAGAGCGGAAGCCAAAGAAGCAAAUGAAGCGCAGACGCGGCUGUCCAACCGCGGCAGCAGCGGCUCUCAUCUCGUGGAGGAGCAAGAGGAUCCGGAAGAAGAAGCAAUUGUAGCAGUUUAACCAGAUGAUGAGAUGAUGACGACAACUGCAGAUGUGUCUUUCCCUGUACCCGAUCCUUUUCGUUUCCUGGCGACGGCAUAAUCUGAGGGCAAGACUGAAACAGCACUUGAGCCGAGAGGUGCUUGUGAGGCAGUCUUUCUCCUGUUUCUAUUGUUGUCGUUGUUGCUGCUUAUAUGUUCCUGUCCUGAACAGUAUGUCUUGUGAUAAGGAGUUUCUUUUAUGGAUUCAGUUUCCUUUCGGUUC